ACGAGGCUCUGGUGCCGCGUGGCGGGCGCGGCUCCGCGGUUCCCGGGCGACCUGCGCGCAGUGAGUGGCUGCCCCUCCAGCGUCCCCCAGCGCCCGUGCCAGCUGCGAGGGCUGUGGGCGGGGCCCCCGACAACAUGAGCGUGGGCUUUAUCGGAGCUGGCCAGCUGGCCUUUGCCUUGGCCAAGGGCUUCACAGCCGCAGGCAUCCUGGCUGCCCACAAGAUCAUGGCCAGCUCCCCAGACAUGGACCUGGCCACCGUUUCUGCCCUCAGGAAGUUGGGAGUGAAGCUGACACCCCACAACAAGGAGGCCGUGCGGCACAGUGAUGUGCUCUUCCUGGCCGUGAAGCCACACAUCAUCCCCUUUAUCCUGGACGAGAUUGGCGCUGACGUUGAGGAUCGUCACAUCGUGGUGUCCUGCGCCGCUGGGGUCACCAUCAGCUCCAUCGAGAAGAAGCUGACGGCGUUCCAGCCAGCCCCCAAAGUCAUCCGCUGCAUGACCAACACACCGGUCGUGGUGCGGGAGGGAGCCACCGUGUAUGCCACGGGCACCCACGCCCAGGUGGAGGACGGCAGGCUCCUGGAGCAGCUCAUGGGUAGCGUGGGCUUCUGCACGGAGGUGGAGGAGGACCUGAUUGAUGCCGUCACGGGGCUCAGUGGCAGCGGCCCAGCCUACGCAUUCACAGCCCUGGAGGCCCUGGCUGACGGGGGAGUGAAGAUGGGGCUUCCCAGGCGCCUGGCGGUCCGCCUCGGGGCCCAGGCUCUGCUGGGGGCCUCCAAGAUGCUACUGGACUCGGAGAAGCACCCAGGCCAGCUCAAGGACAACGUCUGCUCUCCUGGCGGGGCCACCAUCCACGCCUUGCAUGUCCUGGAGAGUGGGGGUUUCCGCGCCCUCCUCAUCAACGCCGUGGAGGCCUCCUGCAUCCGCACACGGGAGCUGCAGUCCAUGGCUGACCGGGAGAAGGUCUCGCCAGCCUCCAUCAAGAAGACCGUCCUGGACAAGGUGAAACUGGAGUCCUCUGCAGGGCCCUCACUGACCCCUUCUGGCCACUCCAAGCCAGUCCCCCAGAGCCUGGCCCCAGCAGGCAAGGAGAACUGAGGUGUCCAACAUGCUCGCCAGGCUGCUCCCCACCUCCUCCUCCCUGCUGGGCUUGGGACACUCCUGUGCUGGCUGUCCUUAGCCCCAGGCCACACAGGGUGUCCCCACAGCAGCCCGCUGCCCGCCACUCUGGUCAACUCAGGGGUCAGCAGGGGUUGUAACCAGGGAGGGGCCGCAUCACUUCCCAGCAGGAAUUUGUGCAGUCACUGACUGCUUCCUGGCCCAGAACACAGAUGGAUUCUCCGACCUCAGCGACCCCCUUCCUCUGCCCCCAGACCAGGUCAGGAUCUCUUCUUCUGGAGUUUAGGAGGCCUGGGGGUCUUAACUCCCCAUGGUCAGCUGGCUUGGGGCUUGGCCCCUCCUGAGUACAAAGGUCACGUUUCCCUCCCCUGCCCCCCCCCAGGAAGGCCAGCCAAGGAGGAAACCCCAUCCCACCCCGGCCUUUUCUCCAAUCUCCACUUGGGGGUAUGCCGCCUCAGUGUGAGAAGGACCAGAGGGUCCCAAGUGUCCUGAGUCCGGUGGGCAGGGCCACGGCCGUCAACUCGGCCUUAUCCCCGUUUGGCAUUUGAGAGAAGGGCUCUUUGGAUAGUCUCAACUUCUGAGGUCCGUAUCUCCCAUUCCCCGCCCAGCUUACAGAACCUGUCACUUUUCUCCCUAGACUUUUAGAUGAAAUACAUUGGUUUCCAACCCA